AUGUCUACGUCAAUAUUCGCAACAACCUUCGCAGACACGACGAUCGGUAUGGUUUCCGCGUCGAAUGAGAGCGCCGAUAAGGUCCUCCACGCGUCAAACUCCACCGCGGUCAUCGUGGAAUCCACCACGCUCGCCGCCAUCAUGGCAUUCACCAUCUUAGCCAAUCUGGUUGCCAUGGUUACCAUCUUCCGUGUGCCGAUGCUGAGGAAGAAUCCGCAUAACAUCUUGAUCAUCAAUCUGACGGUGGACGAUCUCGGGGUCGCUCUGACGAUCAUGGUCUUCUCCAUGAUCUCCGUAUUCGAUGAUGGCCGACUCUUGAGGACACAUCCUAUCUUGUGCAAUUUCAACGGAUUCUGCACUGUAUUAUUCUCCGCCUCCAGUUUCGCUACGAUCACUUGCAUAGCGAUCGAUCGCUACCUGUCUGUCGUCUGGUCGACACGCUUCCCGCCAAGUCACAGCCGCGCAUGCAUAAUGGUAGUGGGCAUUUGGGUUUUCUCUGCAUCAUACGCAACCCUGCCAUUGGUCAACUUUCUUUCAUCUUUCUCCUAUCUGGACGCCACCCAUCACUGCUCGCCCGUUUGGGAUAACUGUUUCUUCUAUGUUGUCGGUUUCAUGACCAAUUACGUCAUCACCAUACCCAUCAUGUUUGUUUGCUACCUUUUUGUCUUCCGGAUCAUUUGGAAGAAAGAGAAGAAAUUGAGUAAAUACCGAGCUGCAGCUAUGAAUCUCACCUAUAGCCAGCAAUCGUUUGAUGACACAGUAAUAGACUCGGAAUCUAAAACUGGGCAUUCCGUUUCCUUCGCGCCCUUUUCUCCAUCUUCCGCAAUGUCCACCUCUUCGGAAGAUGGUAAAGAUAGGAAUGGGAUCGCGAGGAUCUCCAUGUCCAAAUCUAUGCCACACCUGGACACCUUAGGAUCUGCAGAAUGUUCCUCUGUUGACUUUGCAACCCCUGAUAGAUGCAUAGGAGACUGUCAGCUCAGAGGAUACCAGAACUGUGCUCGAUGCAGAUCGGCUCUGACUCAACAGAUCCGCUGCUGUUCUACGACGAACAAGGAGAACGGACGAAGUAGCUCCGUUCAACGAUCAAAAAGCACAAUCACGCCUUCAAAGACCAUCUCGGGGCGACGUCAGUCUCGUGUACGGAGCUCCUCCAAUGACAGGACGCUUGACAGAACUGACGUGGGGGUCGGUAAACGGAGACAGUCUUCAAAGAGUCUUGACCGAUCGGCAUCCUUCUUUCAUUGUCUAGCAUCCGCCGGAAGUCGUUCGGGUUGA